UUGGCAGAAACUGCACGUUCAAAGCCGAAGCUACAGGCUCGCUCCCUCUGAUCUCUCCCACUAGGGCUCCCCAACGCCGCCGCGCCGUCUCAUGCUCCUCGCCUCCUCCGUUGCCGCUCCCGUCCUGCCUCGCCGUCGCCGCUCCUCUAUGGAUUCGGUGGAGUAGUACCUCGCAGGUCCCCGCUAGCCGGCGUCCCCCCUCCCCCGACGACCUCCGACCUGAGCAGCUCUUAGCGCCGGCCGUGCUCCACCUCCGUCCUCCAGAUCCGGUAGUCCACCCUGCGCCUCGCAGCACCUCCGGCCGUGCUGCACCUCUUCGCUCCCCCAAAAGCCUCCCUGCUCCGCCCAAACCAAGUUACAUUGCAAAGGUCAAAUUCCGUGAUGAAUACAACUCAGAAAGUUGACCCAGUGCAACCAGCUGCUAAGAUCACUCAGCAAGCCUCACAAUUCAAACGAUGGGGACGGAAACAUCCAUUUGUUCGAUAUGGCCUUCCACUCAUUUCUUUGACAGUGUUUGGUGCGGUUGGUCUAGGUCAUCUUAUACAGGGAGGCAAAGAAGUAACAAAGGAAAAGGAGGAUAUAGAAUGGGAGGUUGUAGAGACGACAAAAGCUCUGAGCCGAACAGGACCGGUGGAAGGGGCCUAUAAGCCUAAGAACCUCUCCCUAGAGGAUGAACUGAAGGCUUUGCAGCAAAAGGUGGACAUAAACAGCUACGACUACAAGAGAAUUCCCAAACCAAAUGAGAAUAAGUGAAUUAAAGUGUCGUUUACCACCCCGAGGAGUGGGAACCUGCUUAAAAGGCUUUAGAAGCAGUUUCUUGGUCUUGUUUCUCCAUAAUUACCCUUCAGAUGUUGUUGUCCGAGUAUGAAAAGGAGUCUGGGAAGACACUAACAUCAGACCGUUGUGCUUUGUCGGUAUCAGCUAUAUAGAGAGAAUUAGUUUGAGGGUCCUUGAGCUGUAGGAAUAAAUCAGUGAUUGUAGCGAUAUGAGACGGCCAUUGCAUACUUAUGAGAUUGUUGUGGUGGAUCGAAUACUGACUUACCAAGGGGCCAAUAAAUUGGUACAGCCGUACAGUACAUGUUAGCAAUCAGAUUUUGUAUGACAUUUCUUGGAAUCUAAUCAAUAUGUAUCACGAAUUCACGAUCAA